AUGGCGGUACUCUCUAUUUCUCUUUUUGCUGGAGCAGCAGCGCUCAUCUUCAUCGGUGUUCUAAUCGUCCGUCUGCGCUCACCUUUGGCUUCCCUACCAGGACCUCGCCUAGGUCUCCUUACACCCUGGCAACUGAGAUACCACGAGCUACGCGGCAAAAGAACACAAUAUGUCCAUCAAAUGCACCAGAAGUACGGAAACGCAGUCCGUGUAGCCCCAAACGAGGUUGUCUUCUCGUCACUUGACGCUAUGAAGGAGAUCUAUCUGUCGAAGGGCAGUGGCUUUGAUAAGACAAGUUUCUACAACCUCUUCUCUCAGUUCGGGCUCAGGACAAUGUUCUCAAUGCUGCUAAAAGGCCCACAUAGCCAGAGACGACGGGUAAUCGCUGAUCGUUACGCAAACACCAAUGUAAACCGUGAAGAUUCUCUACACGGCAUACAAGAAAGAUCACGAAACUUCAUCACUCGGUGUCGAGAUGCUCCAAAGCAGGAGCUUGACGUUUACAUGUUCCUCCACUGCUACGCGUUCGACUGCGUCACGCAUCAUCUGUUCCAUCCCCAUGGUAGUGACUCGAUUCUUCAGGCGUCAGACGAAGAAACACUCCAUGAGGCGGUAUUUGACAAUAGCCUUGUUCGAAGACUCUUGAACUAUUAUCACCCGACUCUUGGUAGCGUUACAGGCAAGCUGGGCUUGUUCGGAAAGUCACGCGGUAUUCCUCGAGCUACAGAACUCGUGCUCAAUGGUGUGAAAAAGGGCGGUGUCGCUGACUUUACACUGGUGAGUCGCAUGCAGGAAGAGAAGUUCGGCAUGGGCAUAUUUGACAUCGCAUCUGAAUGCAUGGAUCACAUGCUGGCUGGGAUUGAAACCACUGGUGAUGCGCUGUGCUUUCUGAUGUGGCAGAUCUCCCAGCCAGGCUAUACUUUCAUACAGGAGCGCCUGCGCGAUGAGUUCAGAGCCAACCCUGAUGUUCCUUUCGACCAACUUGAGUACCUCGAAGCAGUCGUCAAAGAAGGUCUCAGAGUCUUCCCUUCGAUCCCUAUGAGCUUACCAAGGUGCGUGCCCGAAGGCGGCGCAACUGUAGAUGGCCAUUGGAUACCUGGAGGUACCAUUGUGAGUUGUCAACCAUACUCAAUGCAUCGAAUGGACGAAGAGGUGUUCCCUCGCCCAGAUAGCUUUGAACCGCAGAGAUGGCUAGAGGAGAAAGGCUCAACUGAGCGAAACCGACUGUUCUUUGCGUUCUCUAAUGGAGGCCGUGCAUGCAUCGGAAGGCAAACAGUCCCUGCGGAUGGCAUGACUUGUGAUAUGAGUAUGGAUGACCAGAUCUUCACAUCUCGACCGAAAGACCAGAAGUGCAUUAUGAAGUUUAUCGAAUGGGAUUGA